GUCGGGAUUGACUGGAGAGAGAAGUUAGCUGACAUGGCUGGGCACUUAGAAUGCCCAGUGUGCUCGGAAAGGGCGACCCCCCCGAUAUCUCUCUGUUUCAAUGGCCACAUUAUCUGUCCGAGGUGCCGGGACCGGGUCCAGAGGUGCCCCACCUGUCGGGGUGAAAUCAGCCCGGGUCGGUGCCUGCCACUCGAAUGGAUUGCUGAGAGUCUUCUCUCUCAGUGUAGGUACAAGAGCUACGGAUGCCCAAAAUAUUUAUCACAGCGGGAGCGGACGGAUCACGAAAAAUUUUGUCCCUGUAAGCCUCGCCCCUGCCCAGUGCUAGACCCAGGGUGCCGUUGGGAGGGUCUCCAUCGAGACCUCCUCGCGCACCUGGCUGGGGGUCAUCCCGACCUAGGAGGAGGGUGCUAUCCCACCCUCAGGAUGUAUCUGAUCGGGUGGCACUUGACCAGGAGGUGCACCUGGGUCGCCAGAAUGGCGUGGGGGCAGAGCCAAUUCCUAGCACAGGUGAUCAAGGAGGGAAAAAGGGAGGGGCAACACCAUAUCUUGGUAUACCUCCUUCUCCGGCACCUGGGCUCACGGGAAGAUACCCGACGUUACAGGGUACAAAUCUCUUUGGGAGAGGAGAUCCGCCGGCCAGUGUUCAACGAUGUUCCUCGAUGGGUGGGAUUCAAGUUGGCCGCCACUUUAAAACAUUUUGAAUGCAUGACAUCCCCCUAUGGAGCGGUUGUGGGGAUGCUUAAAUCAGGUGCACUUGCGGUCACCAUGUCCGUGCGACCAAUAGGAAAUCGUCACGCACAAGAGUUCGGGCCUCCGGUAGAGGCCGGCCAAAUUGCCGAGCCGGAGGCUCCGCGAAGGGAGAGGCCGCCCCACCUUCGUGGGGAGACGGCGAAUGACACAGCCCGAGCCAACCUGGACGAGGGGGACCUGUGGACCUUAGAUGAGGAGCCUCGAGGAAAUCCCCCGGAGGGAUUUGGUGUCGGAGAGGGGGCCCUGAUGGGGAUAAACCUCUCCGCUGUUAUUGAGCGGGCCGAGAUGAGCCAGACGAUGGGAGUCCCGGCGGAUGUGCUUCUCCCGGUGGGGGAGCCGUUUCCCGCCGAAAUUCGGGACCGUCUUCGGCCUCGUCGUGGUGACGGAGGUCAUCGCCCUGUAACCACGGGGCCGGAGGGAGCCUAUCUUUUGGGUAUUGGAAGGGAUAGAGGGCAGCCGUACCCCACCGGAGCUAGCGAGGGAGAGGGCCAAAUCGGCAAUACUUCGGGAGAGGACCACAGCCUUCAGGCCCCGAAUCACCCCCGGGUGGAAUAUUACCCGGGGUAGAGAG